GUUGUCUGGGCGCCGUAGCGCGGAGCGGACGCCUCUACGAACUCGCGCUACGCCGUAGCACGUGCUACGACACCGAUGAAAAAGUGCUCCGGGCCAAAAAUGUGAUACAAAAAGUACACUCGUGGAAAAAAUUGCUCAAUUUAAUUUUUCUUUUUUAUUCUAAAGUGUGGUGACUUGAAUUGUGGUGACCAUGGAGUGGACUUUGUUCCUGGUGGCCUGUCUUUUCUCCACGGCAGCCGGUAACCCGGCAAAAAUGGACUCAAAACGGGACCACUGCAACAAGACAGUUGAGAUAUACGAAGACGUAUCCUCCCCUCCCGUGACGUCAGAGAACUUUGGGAGGCCUCUCACUUGCACAUAUAGGUUUAGAGCUUUCCGAGGGUCGCCAAAGGAUUGGAUACUAAGGAUUAGGUUCAAAAAGUUCAAAGUUGGUACCUUGAUCAAUGGUACGACAUGCCACAAGGGAUAUAUGCAGAUAGUCGACGGCAACGCAAAAACAGAUGUCUCAAACAGAAAAGAACCAGGUCUCUUCUGUGGAGAAAUCGAACAACCACAAACGUUUAUAUCAGAGACCAACUUCGUGAAGAUUGUGUUCCAUGCCGACAACUUCACUGAUCAAACUUACUUCAGCUUCGAUUCCAGAGCUGAGCAACAAUUCGAAGUGUAUCUCCGUUACGGGCAGCAUCCAGAACUGUAUCCUAAUAGAAGAGGGGAAGUUGUUGCUGGGUCAUAUUGUGAGAGGGUGUUCCGAGAUUGCCGCUUGCAAACGUGUUAUGUACAGUCUGCUGCCUACCCUGGAGUGUAUCCAAGAAAUCUUCAUUGCAGAUACCAUCUAAACACGAGGCUUCCAUACAUAAAAUUGUACAUAGAAAAUGAAGAAUUCAAUAUAGACGGACAGCGCUGCGAGAAUAUCAUGACUUGUCCUAUGAGACCCAUAACUUCUGGAUCAGAAAACUGUCCGUACGAUUACAUAAGGAUAUAUGACGGGAAGGAUGAAUCGGCAUCAGUGAUUGGCACUUUCUGCGGCAUGGGCAAGUUCCCCUACUCCAUCAUUGGAACUUCGCAAGAUCUGUUCGUGGAGUUUGUCAGCUCUCCUGCAGGUCCACUUCUAAACACCGGCUUCCACUUCAACGUGGGCAACUGGCCCGGCCACGUGGAAGCUCCAGGGUCGAAGGUCGGCACCUGUGACUGGCUGCUCACAGCAGAAACCCUGAAGAAGUCUGGAGACACUGAAGGCAUCUUCCUCUCAGUAGCCCAUUGGUAUCCACCUCAUACGUCUUGCACGUAUCUCAUGCAAGGAUUCCCUGGGCAGGUUGUUAGGUUAUAUUUUCCAAGUUUCCGAAUAAACCGCAUCGAAUCCCCAAUCCAGCCAUGGACUGGUGACUGCGGAGAAUCCCUCACAUUGUACGACGCGCCCAGACCUGAUGAUGCUCGCAUCAUCAAGACCUUCUGCGACACUUUCAGUAGACCCAUGGAGAAACACGACUUUGUGUCCACUGGGAACGCUAUGUUCGUUAGGUUUGAGAGCAAGACUGGGAGUUAUAGUGGAUCUUCCCUCUACUACUGGGCACAUUACGACUUCUUCAACAACACCCGUUUCGGUGAACCAGUGCAAGGAACAGCAUGUGAUGAAAUCAUAGCAUCCUGGAAGCAGCGAGCUGGUAGACUACGGUCUCCUUUGAACACUCUGGUAUAUAAGCAAGCGUCGCCAGGCGAAGAUGUCCAUUGCUUGUACAGAUUUGUGACAGACAAACGAAUUUAUGCACGAGUUAUAUUGACUGUCCUGAGUGUUAAUUUCAAGGAACACCCCUACACCUCAGUAUCCUGUCAAAACUGCUACGAAGAUCGAGCAGACAAGCUGAUCAUUUGGGAGCCAUACCCUGCCGGGAAGUCACCCAACGUUACUGCACCAGGAGUAAGCACCACACCUCUCCCACUGCAUUUAGCUGUCCAGCGGUCCCUAGGGUCCUGUUUAUGUGCUAAACAUGCAAACGCCGUGUCAAGAGCAAGACCAUAUAGAGUAGUAUCUUCAGGUGAAAGCUUGAAUCUCCAACUGAUAGUAGACAAUGCUCACGCAGCCGCUUCUUACUUCAAAAACCCUUCACCAUUGUUUGAAGCCCGCUAUGAAUUCGUUCAUGGCCCUCUUUGUGGCCCAGCGGUCUUGGCAGCUGCCUCAGAUGGAGAAAUAGUUUACCCGCAUUUAGAAGCUUUAGGCUACAUGGAACCGCCAAAAAGGAUUCAGUGCAUUUGGGAUCUAGAGAUCGAAGAAAAGAGGGAUAUAUGGUUGCACUUUGAAAGCAUCAAGUUCGCUUCCCGUCAUUGUGAGGAUGGUAAUAUUCAAAUCUAUUUACCAGGAAGAUUAGAUCCCUAUUUGUCUGUAUGUGGAGAUAAUGUAUCAGAAACUGAAAAACUGCCAAUAUUGUCAGCUGGUGAACUGGGAUUCGAGUCUUUAGAUGACCCAUUAGUUAUAGAAAAGGAAAAGACGAGGUCUAUUCGAAUAGUCUUCAUCGGUAGUGCAUCCCCAGCACGAGCUGCUUUCAAAAUUGCUUGGACUGGACUAUACCAUUUACCUAAGAACUCUGACGGUACUCUUAUGACGUCACGAUUAACUGAUGGAGAAAUGAAAUCAUCUGAAUCUGGCCACGGUUGUGAUUUCAUAUGUCCUGGUGAAGCAUUAUGCAUACCAGCAAGAUUAAUCUGCAAUGGUGUAGUAAACUGUCCAAACGUGACAUCGGGGGAUCGUAAAUUCUGGACAGCUGACGAAAAGAGAGCUAGAGAAGCAUAUUCUGAGGAUAGUCUCCGACGACUCGGAUAUUUAGACUUGUUGGGAGGACUUCCAUUAGGUCAGCUUCAUGAUGAAGCGCCAGAGCUGUGUGCAAAGGCGAGGAGUAUUGGAGGUGGUGAUUGGACGGCACCUGCCUUGGGUGCUGGGUUAGCGAUUGCUAUUGGUGUAUGUGCCCUGGGCGCGGCGUGGCGCCUGUGCUGCCGCAAGCGGUCGCCGGACGAGGAGUCGCUGGACUACUGACACGCGGCCCGCGGUGCGCCGCACGCACCGCCGUCGCUGCACUCGCGCUCCACGUCCCGCGACCUGCCCAUGGACUGGAGCCUCCAUUGACAGACGCUAUAUUGAGCGCCGGAGCCCUCCUUUGUUGAUUACUGAGAACCAAGUUCUUUACAUGUUAUUGUUACCCGGAUAAUUGUGAAUAUCAAAUACCUAAGAUUUCACACUCCAGUCAAUUUUCACUAAGAAUGUUUCUAUAUUUAACUCUGUAUACGUACAGUUGCGAGCAGAAGCCGUUGCGUGACGAAAGCCUGUUUUGGUAAUGUACAAAAUUUACGAUUGCUGUGGAUCGUUGGAUCAGUCUAAUUUGUUAACAACAACUAAUGGUGAU